GGCGGGGCCGCUCCCGCUCUCGUUCCCGGGGCGGGGCCGCGGCGCGGUCGCGGAAUGGCCGCGGGGAGCCGGGGCAGCCAUGGCCGCCAUCUCGCUGGAGACCGUCCCCAAGGACCUGCGGCACCUGCGCGCCUGCCUGCUCUGCUCCCUCGUCAAGACCAUCGACCAGUUCGAGUAUGAUGGUUGUGACAAUUGCGAGACGUAUCUGCAGAUGAAGGGCAACCGUGAGAUGGUCUAUGACUGCACCAGCUCCUCCUUUGAUGGGAUCAUCACCAUGAUGAGCCCCGAGGACAGCUGGGUCUCCAAGUGGCAGCGGAUCAGUACCUUCAAGCCAGGUGUCUAUGCAGUGUCUGUGACUGGCCGCCUGCCCCAAGGGAUCGUCCGAGAGCUGAAGAGCCGUGGCGUGGCCUACAAGUCUCGGGACACAGCCAUAAAAACCUGAAGGGCCCUUGUGCUGCCUGGAGACCCCAGUGCUGUGUGGAAGAGGCAGUGGGCACUGCUCCAAAACCUUUGAGCUUUAUCCUGUAGGGAAGUGGGGCUGGACUCAGAGUGUGCUGGCUCAGCUCCCUUUGCUCAGUACCCGCAGACUCCACCACACCACAGACCACAGACAUUUAUCUGAGCCUUGACGGGGGGGAGGGUGUGAGUAAAGCUGGGAAAGGGUGUUUUACCAUGAUGCCCAACCAUUUUUACAAUUGGUGUGGGAAAGAGGGGAUUUGGGAAAUAGCUGUGGAAGUAGUUCAAUAAAACCCACUGCCUGGCCA